AUGUGGUUCUAUAUUUCACUUGUUUUUCUCUUCACAUACAAUGUCAUGGGGUCCGUACCUAUUGAUACCACCUUAGGAUUUGUAUCACAACCACUCAAUCAAUCCAAUUUCGACAUUCAAAAGCCAUAUAAUCUUCCAGUUGACCAACGAUAUAACUUUUUUAGAGAAGUCCACAAGCUUUGGGUAUUCAAAACCGAUAAACCUCACUCAAGGAAAAGCAAAACCAAUCCACGUACCGAGAUUCGAAUUAGAGGUUAUGAUUACUCUUCGGGUGUUUGGCAAUUCGAAGCAUACGGAUAUGUGCCUAGUGACACUAGUGGGGUGUGCAUAAUGCAAAUUUUUGGAUCAAAACCCCCAAAAGCUUCAACCACAAUGCUUACAGUAUACAAUAGUAGUCUUUAUUAUUACAGAAAUCAAGUUAUUCUUUCUGAUUUAUACAACAAGUGGUUUCGUUUAAAUGUUAUACAUGAUGUGGAAGACAACAAUGUUAAGGUUUAUAUAGAUGGGAUUCUCAAACAUGAAGGACGUGUACGGGUUGGCCCCCACAUACACCAUUACUUCAAGUGUGGAGUUUACUCGCAAAAGGAAGGCUCCUUCUAUAUGGAGUCCCGGUGGAAGGAUAUUAGAAUCUUCAGACUGCAUGAUUAA